AUGGAGCAACGACCAAAGGCUUCGGACGCCCUUCCCGUGCGUCGCACCAAAUUUUCGGACAUUUCUCAGCUUCCAAAAGAUUACAGGUUUGUGUUGUUUAGCUCUCCCGCCAGGCUUACCGUUACUUCGUAGGCUGUUCAUAUAAACCAUACUUCUUAUCAUGGUCGGUGGUACUUAUAUCUGAUACGACCGUGACCCUGCCUGACCUAGCUGACCUCGAUGAUGUCACAACUCCACUCUCGACAGUCUGUAGUAGCUGGUUUGGAGAGCACGUCCCGAUUUCUUCCCCAACGACGUAAACUAUAGACAGACACGCGGAAGGAUUGAUUAUGCGGGUCAUUUGUUCACAGGAGUCUUUAUUGCAUUAGCAAUACCUGUUUGGUUUAUGGACACUCCCUCAGGGUUGUGAAAACCGUAUGAAUUGCAUCGAUUCGGGGCACAAUGUCGUCUUUACUGUCAAUUCGGUAUAAAAUUCGUUCAGAAGUAUUUAAAACUAUCCGCUGCUUGAGGCUGACAAUCAUUAAUCCCGGGGGAUCUCUGCACUCAGAAAUUCGGCUUGACAAAACGUUGGUUUCUUCAGGGUUUAUGGAUAAACAGACCGAUUUCCGUCAACUACCAUUUAGUUCUACUAUACAUCGAAUAAACUCACACAGGAAGGACGCUUCGGCGAAGUCAACAAAGCGUGUAACUUUCGGCUGCUGAUAACUGGUGGGAUUCAGGAAUAUGUUGCAGUGGCGGUGCGGUCCAUGUACAACUCGGGAUGCAGCAUAGCUGGGUCAAGUUCUAGAUUCGUGGACACCCCGAAACAACUGGAGAACGACAAUGGCAGGGACCUUUGCGGAAACGUAGCAGAAACCCGACAUUUUUCGUGCUUUGUCCGGUGUUAACGAGCUCUGGUCAUCAGGAACCAACUCGUUUCCUUAUCUUUGCUCGCUCAGCUCGUGAGACCAGUGCACAAGGAUAUUGGCACAAGACUGAUUGACCUCAUCGAGGAUGUCUUCCUCUCCUGGGUGCCUGGUCAUUGCAAACCCAUUAUAUUGUAUCGAUGAUUACUUUUUUGGGAGGGGAAGGGGGUCACACGACAUGACAUGGGCUGGAGAGGGCUGCAACACAGCUGCUAAAGAGGAAGAAAAAGCGCCUGGUGGUUGGCCAUCGAAAUUGAGGCGCUGAAGAUGACCGUGUUAGCAUCCGACCUUGACCAAGUUGUUGGUGACAACUGCUACCCACAUCGCGACCGGUCAUUCGGCGAAGAGCAAUUCGCCCGAGUUUUCAAUUGUCGAUUAUUUGUGGCCAAUUCACCUCUUGUGCACACUUCAGUAGUUUUUGUGUCAGCUCUAGUCAAAGUUGCCGUUGCUUCUGGAGUUUGCGGAAUUACUAAAUGUUGUGGUAUCUUGAUGAAAACGCCUGAACAGGCAACUCUAAAGCCUUCAAGCUGAUUCAGUCAUUGCAUCAGUCUUCUCUUUUCACUCAGGAUUUCAGCGGGAGACGGAUUUCCAUACCUAAGUCCUUAACUGUGUUGGAUUGUCGUGAUUAUGCGAGAUCAAGGCAUCUUGCACGAAAAAUAUCAGGUGCAGAUGAGAGGCGAACUUUACCACGUCCGUGAAAGAGAGUAUGGUCUGACCUGUGGGCGCUGUCGACUUCAACACCGCGCAUUGCUUUGCUACCGUAAACACAGACACCAGCACUUUACCUAUAAUGUGGUCAGUCUGUCUGGCCUUAUGACCAUCCUUUGAAUGCCAAGUCAGCAGAUGUUCACGGCGAUGAUGGAAACACGUGUUGGCGACAGUUAGCCGGUUAUGAUCAGCAGUACUCGGCAUUCUCACAUCGCGAACGAUACCGAAGGCGACCAAUAAGAGGAUUGUUUUGGAAGGUGCCGGACUCAAACCGACCGUUUAAAUUCCCGUCACCUAUCAACAGACCACGUGAAGGAUGUCAUCCGACCAGUUCUUGCAGCUGUGAGGUAAUUUCUUGAUCACGCUGGCCGGCAACUGACGACCAAAGUAGUAGUGAAGUAUCCCUUCAGCUGUAGGUGGGUUAUCCAGUUAUUAACUAGUCCCCACGCAAGCGAUUGAUCAUAUCGUGUCUACCAGGGGAGUCGCGUGGGUCGCCACAAUAGUGGCUGAAUUUGGCAUUAGCUUCCAGGGUAUUGGUUUCCUAUUGUCCUGAGUCGAUUACCCGGAUCUCGAACAGACAAUAAACUUUCGCCCCGUUGCACUGGUGAACGAUGUGUGCAGUAAGAUGUUUGAUACCACAUUUUCGCACAUUCUGACAUCUAAUACCAAGCGUCCGUUCCCGAUAUAGUAGUCCGCCUUUCUGUGGAUCCCUCGUCCUGUCGGUUGCGAUUGAGACUAUAAGCUAGUGUGGGAAGUGGCGUUCGCCGACUAGAUUACAAGAGAUACUAGUUCCGCUCCGUGUUGAGGCCAAUCAAAAACUUUGCAGAAAGUCGCAUAGAGGCCCGUAAUGAUGCGUCUCACUACAGGAAUCUUAGACCGGUUCGUCGCGUGCCUUCAAUCUCUUGAAGCGAAUGACCGAAGCGUCAUCUCACGUGGUGAUGAUGAUACUGUCAAAAUUAUCAGCCGAAGGAAUAUGCGGAUGUAGUGAUAGCCGACCCCGAAAUCCUGUCACGCACGGUUUCCGCCGUUUGGAUGAUAACCGCUACAACAUUGUCCGGGAGGCUUUACUACCAACCGGUUGCAGUGAAGGGCCUCAAUGGAGACUCGGCCAUCUUUAAACAUGUAACUUACCUAUUUGGUCAUGGUUUCAGAUCAACAGUUCUGGUAAACUAAUGCCUAGCUUCACUUUCUGUCAUGAGGUCACGCCUAUCGACCGCCUCAUUUAACUCCUUAAUAUACUUUUUUACACAUUAGUAUACCCUGACCGGGGGGGGGGGUGGGAUCCUGAACUUCUCGAACAUCAAGUCAGACUCUUCGCGGCCGUUUACAGUGUCCUUAGCAUUGCCCAUUCAAGUGAAGUGCAAAGAUCAUCUCGAAUGAGUCGAUCCGCACAACUUGCGACGUCGCGAGACUAUAUCGUGCAAGACAGGUAGAACGCCUAGCACAUUGUUUGCCGCUUCUUAAAUACGACUCUACCACCUCACCUGAGGUGACGGGAAGAUAGUCUAUUCGAAACCUCGUCCGGCAGUUUUUCAAGGUAUAAAGGUGACCCUUGUACUUGUGGUUUACGAUUUUUAUCGCUGGUGAACAAAGUAAGUAUAACUCACUAGAUCCAUUGCCUCAGACUAUCGAGGGGGGGGGGAGAGAAGCACUAUUCCCAAGAUCAAUAAGUUCAUUUAUGCUCGGCGUAAUCAUAUGCAUACUAGAUUAAGAUAUCUGUACUUAAAGGUCUUAUGUGGUUUUUUUUAAUGAUGCUAGACUGCAGGUUUACUGCACACAGGUUGUUAGCAUUGACGGUAACACAGGUCCGUUACCCCUUAGGGGCCGGAAGAAAGUUGCUUCCGAAUGUCAUUGAUAGAUCCGUAUUGAAACGUUUCGUUUUACACCUGAAUCUGACAACGCUUGGUAUUUCUCAGAUGUUUUAUUUCUGUCUCCUAUUUCAGCACAACACCCGGUGGCAGCAUUUUCAGCACCACUCCCGGUGGCACGCGUAUCUUCUAUGAUCGUGAGCAAGUACUAAUGUGCAAGAAUUCACCGAUUGCGCGAUCGCCACCCACAGGACUCGCCUGCAUACCCGGCGUCACCUGUCCCGCAAACUGCGACAAGAGUUGUCACCGUCCUCCCCCUGCGAAACCACAUUCGGCUGAAACGCCGACUGCUGACGAGCCCUGCCAACCGGAACCACCGAAUAGCAAAGGUGAGCAAAUCUGUCAUCUGUGGCCCCUCAUAUCUUCUCCGUUUGUGACAGCCUAGCUGUCUUACAUGAUUAACAAUUAACAUCAAUCCAUGCACUUCACCUUUGUGAAAAUGGUUAUCAUUUCUAACUCGUUUCGGGCUGCUUGGUAUGUUCAGCAAUGUUGGCUGAACGUUGAGUCUUAACUGAUGUCAUUACACGGAUUAUUUACAAACUCCCCUCGACAACACAGACUAACUGACGUUGCCUCCGACGUCGAGAAUGCCAAUGUCUCAGACAAGUAAGUAGCACUUGUAGUGACAUUGGUUCAACGUCCAAGCUUGUUGCGAACAAACAUAUCCUCGCGUGCUUUAUCAUACGUCAAACACUUGCAUAUUUCGAGCUCGUCAGGAGGACAUUGGUAGUCUGAAGUUUGUCAUACCGAAACCUGCCGAUAGUUGGCACUUCCACAACUGAACGGUGUGGAGUCUCCCAUACCCUCUUGUGAACCAUGUCACGGACUCAGCGGGCUGACUCCUAUCUCGGAUUCUCCUUUCCCUCUCCCCCUCUUUCCAGUCGUGCUUUUGAAAUUGGGCUUUUCGAACACGAGGUGGUCACACGAUCCUGUUUUAGACUUGUCUGCCUGAAUCGCCGUAGGUGAGUAUGUGUUUGCCGGUCUUUUGGCCUUCUCGCCUGAUUUCUUCUCCUGUAGCGAUGGGACAACGUCCUCAGCUUGUUAGGGCUAUACGUGGUUUUACGUGUUCAAGCCCCUCAACGCAGACUGCGCUUUUGCGUUAUAUCUGGUCGCAGUCUUCGCCGGUGUAGCACACGCUAGAUGACGGCUCAUGCCACGGCAGUCAACCUAACCUAUUUUACAGUCGGCCCUAAUUGGACUUGCCGCUGAGGGCACGUGAGUCCAACGCAUACUGUUCUCCAUCAAGCCAUCGUGACAUGCUAAAUGUCAUGGUCUUAAAGGUUGUCAACUGGCAAGAUACCGCGAGAUCCUGCUUUGAGCCGCUGCAACUGUUCCUUCAAUUGGCCUUAUGUGACAAGGGCUGAAAUUUCAUGUACCUGAAAGAUCGGCAUGUGACUUCAGUCUCGUCACUCACUGCCCGCUUAGCGAUCACUAGUCUGUUCUAAUUUGUCUUGUGUAAGAAGAGUGGGUGAGGGCAAUACCACGCGAAUAGCGGUGUAGCUCAAUUGACUCUACCGUCAGAACUGUGCUCACGGGAAAUUUCACGGCGACGAACAAGCUUUCGUGCGUCCGGUUCACAAAAAUCUCUCUCCGAAGUCCUCAAUAAGUUGGUCCGGUGUUCGAAGAGGUUUUAUCCUGUGACCCAUUCUCGGAAGGGCCCUACACGGUUUUCAGGCUAUUCAGUUUGUACGCUAGCGUCAGCGGACGCUGACGAUAUCUCCCUCCUAGCCGCGAAUGACUGAAAUCGCCAAAUUGAUCGGUUCACCUAUAAAUGCUGCUUUCGAGCUGCACCCUGGGGAUUAUUAACCGAUUCCGAUUAGCGAUUUCAAAUACCUCGAGGCGAAGCUGUUGCCAAAUGGACAGAAUAGACACGACGUUAUUCCCCGAGUCGAUGUUGCCUGCGGCUUUUUCACAAUCCAUCAGGCGUCAGUUGAUGAGACCAAAAGACCCACUGCCACGGCUAGAAACGUCUGGAGUCGUUUAUCGGAUCUGGUGCAGUUGCGGACAAAGCAACUACGUCGGAGAAACCGGAAUACAACUCCGAACGCGAAUGGCCGAACACGCUGCAGCGGUGCGGAGAAAUGACGCCAGCUCUCGAGUUGCGGCUCAUUCGACGGGUUCCGGCCACACAUUCAAAUUUUACGAGACCGAAAUUCCCGCAAGAGGCGAUAACCGCGUGAGCCGGGAGCUGCUUGAGUCAUGGUUUUCUGACCCCCAGUCUAUUAACAAGUGCAAUGAUCUUCCCAUUCAAUACACCGCGCUGAGACUUCGUCUAGGCGGAGUAAUUGGCCACGCGGGGAGCGCACUGGUGAACACUUUUCCCAACACCCGGGUCAGCGCGUCAGAUGGUCGAGCAAUAAUCACACCAACAUCCAACGCAUGUGAUGAAGUCGCAGCAAUUAACGACACGAAUGUUGGCCAUCACGCCACGUGCAACGAUCCCUGAUGAAGGGGAGGGAGCCGUGAAUAUUCAUAGGUAUGCGGUAGCAUGGCUACUGCAUCCUAUAAAAACUGCAUCCACAUGUGCAUGAACCAGCCUAAUCUGCUUAUGUCCCUGAUGAUCGAUUCAAGCAGGAAUCUGAAACGUCAGGCUACUAAAGCUCUUGUCCCGGCGAUCGUGUCUUCUUCUUCAAUCCCCAGAGUGUUUAUGGACCCGACGCGACAUCAUAAAGAUCCACGAGUACCGGGCAUCUGUGUAGUCAGUCUACCCCCGCGGUCGUGACUGCCGGGAUGUGCGUGGACGACGGUGUCCGACCACCGCUGCCUGAGAACCAUACCUUGAAUGAUGUACAUCGACUGCGACACUCGCUGUCACAGCGUCGCGAUUAUAUCUCAGGCCCUUUUAGAAAGGCUGUUUUGGCAUGUUUUUCGUCGCUAGCCUCAUGAGAGCUUAGUGUUGUUACCCUCGGUCAGGCGUCGUUGCUUACCCAAAAAAACUGGCUUGACACUGUUUGCAGUCACUGGAGAAGAGAAUGGCUCGAGCUCUCUAGGUCCGCUGCCGCAGAUCGUCACACGUGGAGAGAUACACCCCGUGACGUUAUGGAUCCCGGUUAGAUCAGGAAUGACCACAGCUCCUGUACCAAGCUAUCGUGUUCUACAAUGUGCAGGUUUUACAGUGGAGCUUACUCAGCUUUAUGGUGGGCACAGGGGUUGCAUCCGAUGUCCGCUAUCGGCUUGGUUGGCCGAUGGAUUCCACGGCAGAGAAGUUGGGCUUAUUUAGAUUGUCAGCAAGGGGCUAGUCCUCACGUAGCAGCCACGGGCUGGGGAAUUAUGUCAACCCAGCCACUGUGCGUCAUCAAUGGUCGUUUACGUCGUCUUACCACUGGCUUCCAAUGGAAUUGUGUGGCGAGAACAUCGCCAUCACAGUUCAAACCAUUUCCUUCCGAAGCAUCCCGAUCGUGCCAGUCAUUAUUGAUACUUUCGAAUCACCAUACCCUUUGCAAAGAUUAAGGGUGCUGGAAUCCCACGUACUCGACUUGAAUGUUAAGCCUGCGCGACUGGUCGCCUUUGCGGCAUAACAGCGGACGUCCUGUGAACUGGUUUUGCCUCGAGCACACUGAGGCUUUCAGCGCCCCCGUUUUUUCCGCGGCUUUUCUCUUAUUACUGUCAAAUGCAGUCCUCGUUUGCGGAAGAAAUGCUUUUAACUCCUCAUAAUCGCCUUUACUGGCUGUGGUGAAGUAUCGGGAUCCUCGCAUCUGCUGGGCGGAAUGUAACCUAAGGAUCGGACUCUGGCAAUCGCAACAGAAGGGCAUGAUGAUGCUUCUUUUAUGUUCCUCAAGAGUAUACAGUUUGAGGCUUGUUUAGUAAGCAUCGUUUACCCGUGCUUUAACAUUAUGGCCACGGGUCACCUUUUUACUGAGUCUUACGGUCUUUUUUGUUUCUUUUCAGGCGAUGAGGAGUCCUUCGAAAUAGAUUUGUAA